AAACUUUGAUUUUAGAAGUUUUGUGAUAAUGGCAGCUGCUGAAGUUGCGCUGGAUAGUGGCGAUUUGAUAUUUGCGUCAAUGGGUCCGAUCAUUCAAGGUUUAGAAGAUCAGAUCAGGUCUACCCGUCUUGCACAAAUGGAAAUGAGCACCAAGAUCAAAGAGAUGUCUGAUUUUCUUCAUGAACUGAACGAGCAGGAGGAGCCAUACGACAUUCAGUCUUAUGUGGGAAAGUUGCAAGAUUCCAAACGACGAGUCAAUAAUGUCAAUCAAAUUUUGAUAAGUGUGCACGACCGAUUGAGCCGCUUGCAACGACUUAUUGCUCGUGAAAUCUACAAGAAGAAAAAGACAAUCAAGGAAACGGAACUCCCUCCGUCGCCUGAGCAUUGA